CCACGAACCACCCGGUUGGACACUGCUAUGCAAAGACAAAGACAAGUGAUCGUCACAGCUGAAAACUACCAUAUCUGUGCAGCAUUGUUCUCGAUGUUGCUAAGCAACCAAGCAACCAUUGGCUGGACGGUACUAAGCGUCGUGCUGCAGCAUGCAGGGCCACGAUGCGGCCAAAGCCACCGUGAAAGACAAAGGCGCGCCAAUGGCCACCAGCAUAUAUAGUGCACGUCCCAUGGAUCGGUGCCAGGCCGCUACCCUGCCUCUAAAUUCUUCAGCAAGACGGCUGCCGAAGUUCUUAUGCUUGCCGCCAGCGUCGACAGGUCUGCGGGCGAGCUCUUCAGCGGCCACCGAGCUAUCUUGGACAGUGUUGCAGACCAACUCCGACGUGCCAUGUUAUGCGUCGAACACACGCGCAAUAUUCUGGCUCCUAUCAACCGCCUUCCCUCCGAAAUCUUGUGCAUGAUCUUCUCGCGCGUUGUCAUGGACUGUCCACGACAAUCGCAACGGAAUCACCCGAGUAGAGGGAAACAUGCAAUCCAAACUGUCUGUCGACUCUGGCGGCAGAUAGCAAUAUCCUUCCCCGUGCUUUGGUCCGAGAUAGAGCUCACCCAGCGGACGCCAACGGCUGCACUCCACGAGCUGCUGCAGAGGGCCGGUGUCGUCCCGCUACAGGUAUCUGUAUUCCGUGCCGACCACCUGGUGAAGUAUAUCGGGCCGCACAUGCAUCGGAUGCAAAGGCUGGAGGUUACGUUCGAGAAAAGCUCCACGCAGAACAUGCAACUCUCACGGCGGUUCUCGCUCCUUUUCCAACCCGCCCCGUUUUUGAACGGCUUGCACGUCUCCACGCACGAAGAUGACCCCUACCUCAUCAUGAUGCCUAAAUUGUUUCAAGGCCACGCUCCCCGGCUCUCGCGUCUCUCCCUCAGCCGGCACUAUCUCUGUUCGACGAACCGGUUUCCAAACCUCACCCAUCUGUAUCUCAGUAUGCAGUAUACGUUCAGCCCGUCGUCGCUUGAAGAUUUCCUCGACUUCCUGGAAGGCUCGCCGAAGCUAGAAGCAAUCGUUUUGGAAGAAGCGGGGCCGUGCAUUCUCCCAGAACUCCUUCCUAGUUUUCCGCUGUCUCGUUGCGUAACCUUGAGCCACCUCCGCACUCUCGUAUUCGACGUGUGCCGUUGGCAGGUCAUCGCUUGCGUCCUGCGACACGUCGUCCCCUCAACCCAUGUCGAGAUCGAAAUUGUCGAACUGCAACAGUUGACACUAUCACGCGAGCUACUUGCUAUCCUCGCGCCGGGUGCAGCGUUCUUGCAGCACGUCGAUGACAUGGCUCGGCUGUCCCUCUGGUUCAAUGACGGCCAAAUUUGCUUCACGUGCGAAGGCCCCCUGGCUAUGUUGAAGAUCGACAUGGUGUUGGACUGCAGCCUACCCGAGCCUGUCUGCGGCACGCUGGCAUCGGCUCUCGUGGCGGAGCUCCCGCAAAUUUUGCCUCUCCACAGCGUCACGGACUUCCGACUCAAGAUACACGACUUUGCUCCUAUAUGGUCGCCCGCCGUUCAAGGCAUGCUGCAAUCUAUGCUUGCGGUUCAAUCGUGCACAAUCUGGAUCGACCCUAGCUUGGACAAGAAGUACUGGCGCGCCUGUCUAGAAUCUAGAGUCCUCGGCGUCCCGUUGCCCAAACUGAAAUCUCUCCACUUCGUCGGAGAGCUUCCUAAGUGGUGGAAGCCAUUCUGGGCCAUGGGCGUGGCGAUCGGACGAGCGAAGCGGGGAUACCGGCUCCAAGAGCUGACUUGCACGGGACUCAAGAUUGGCCAAUACGUCCCGACAUUCGUCCUUUGGAAUCCAGAGACAAUGAAAAUCGGACGGCAACGCGUAAUGGACUUCGUUGAUAAGGUUGAAUUGCGGGCAGUUGGGUCGUCUCCGAUGAUACCGCCUGUAAUCCAUGGCUGGGACGGUAUGCUGUAGGAACAAUGAAGGGGACGCUGUGCAUCGAGCAUGAAUAGAAGUUGCUCUCGGAGGGUUUGUGUAACUAUGCU